GGAUUAUUACGCGACACUACAAUUCUAAGAAACCAGAGACAUUCGUACCUGGGUCGUUUGAACGGAACCCUUUCAACGCAGCUUAGACGAACUUAAAGCCGUUAAACCGUAAUUCAUCUACGUGCUGUGGGGCGAUGCUCUCAGUUAUAGUAUUUCUGUUGUGGAUAAGGCCAGUAAUUCUAAAGGAAGGUAAACUUAUUUCCUCUUAUGUUACGCCCGAUUUUCACGCCGGCCAGACUUUUAACUAAGAGCGAACGUGAUCAACGUACAAGCAAGGUUUCGCUGUCCUUUUCAAUUUGAAACGGCUCAGCCCUUUUUCGUCUCCUUCUACCUGGCUCAGCCGAGAAUUUUAACUUUAGCAAGGCUUUAAUUUGAAAUACUCUAGUGCUGAACCUACCGAAUCAGUUAAAUUAAGUAACUUAAUAAUCAGAAUUUUUUACAUUUAGUCCACUGUAAAAGGUUAGGCGUCAGAAACGGGCCAAAUACAUAACCACUGACCAUUGAUACAAGCGAAUUCUCUUGUUGCUAUUUAAUACCAAGGCAAGCUCAAUCCAAUAUAUCGAUACACGUUCAAACACCUCUUUUGCCAAUGUGACUCUCAGGUAUAACGCCAGUAUGAAGGCUGCUCUUUGCCCCUCUCAGUCCAAAGAGCAUAAAUUCUUGUUAGGAUUGUCCAGUACUCGUUUCUAAAUGUAUAAAAGCUCCAUUGUUCAGCUGCCACGGGGACAUCUAAAGCGACCGUCAAGUUUACCAAGAAAAGAAAACAAAGACGCGGCCAGAGUGUUUUUUCCGUAGCAUUGCGUUACAAUACUACUUUUAAAAGCGGCCGACCGACCAGUGAAGCAUGAAAGGGCAUUGACGUGAAGCAGGCUUUAUAUUUACCAAGAGAGCAGAAAACGUCCACGUCGCCGGAACGAGAGCUAAAUGAUACCAUCCCAUCUCAUUCGAGGGAUUUCCACCGACAGUAUCAAUUGUGCAUGCCUUUGGGUGUCUGUUUGUUCUUUAGGGAGUUUUUGGCAGGUUACGGACUUUCACUAUGACAAGACCUACCUGAAGCCCACAGACCAGAACAAGAUCUGCAAUUCCCAGACUCCGAACACCGUAAAGCCCAGUAGAGCGGGAAGAUGGGGGAACUAUUUGUGUGAUUCACCAUGGAGGCUUAUUAACUCUACAGUGUUCGCCAUGAGGGAUAUCGAGCCCAAUCCUGACUUUAUUAUUUGGACUGGGUAAGAUUUCAUUCCGUUGUCCCCCCCAAAAACAGAAAGAAAAAAAAUUGACAAAGAAAAGAAAAAGGAAGCCUUGUACUUUAUUCCAGAUUUGCGCAAGGUUACAGAACCAUCAACAUUUUCUUUAAAAGUGGCCUGCACUUGUGGAGUAAGGUACAGCAAGAGAGAAUUAGCACAGUAGUUCACUGUAGUGUGUUUGUCAGCGAUAGGCCUUUAAAUCUUGGCUAUGCCAUCUUGCCAUUUCGUUCCAAAAAGAAUUGUUUCCAUGGGGCACGUAUGGGUAGGGUAACUCUGUCUUUGUGGAGUGUAGCAAUACUCAUGGGUGCUUCUUGUUAGCUAGAGAAAUUAGGGAGACCCGCGGCUACUUGUACGAGAGAAGAGAAGUCUGAAGGAGUUACGGAAAAGAUAACAGGGUACAUAGCGAAGGUGGUUAGACAAGUCCCUUUUUUUAAUCCAAGCAUUUCAAGCUCUUAUAUAGCACAAGGACUUCGUACUUCGAGAGGUAAAGAUGUGGUUAAGUUCUGCGGACCAUGCCCAGUCCUUGUGUCAAGUUGUGUGGCGUUUUCCAAAGGCCUUCACAGUUAUGCAUUUCAGAAAGUUUUUCGGUCACUGUUCGCUAGGACUAUGUACUCCGAAAUGAAAAAGCAGCGGGNAGCACAAGGACUUCGUACUUCGAGAGGUAAAGAUGUGGUUAAGUUCUGCGGACCAUGCCCAGUCCUUGUGUCAAGUUGUGUGGCGUUUUCCAAAGGCCUUCACAGUUAUGCAUUUCAGAAAGUUUUUCGGUCACUGUUCGCUAGGACUAUGUACUCCGAAAUGAAAAAGCAGCGGGGAAUAAUGACGGUCUAGGUUGUAGGUACCUUCUGAACAUUUAUACCAUUCUGUUACAGGGAUGACAUGCCUCAUGUGGCAAACAGUGAACUAAGCACCGAAGAAGUGAUAGAAACAGUCCAGAACUUAACAGACUUGUUGUUCACUGUUUUUCCAAAGACGAAGGUUUACCCCGCCUUGGGUAACCAUGACUACCACCCUAAACACUUGAUGCCACCAACACCGAAUGACAUUUACACGGCUGUGGGAAAACUGUGGAGUCGGUGGCUUCCUCUGGAUGCAGUUAAUACUUUUGAAAGAGGUGCAUUUUGUUUUAAAAAAGUAGUUAUUAUUUCAUCAGUUCAUUAUUAUGUUUGAUAUUUCAUAUUCCCAUAGCCCCCAACUCAAGCAACAAAUGGACUGAGAAGAAAGUUAUUUCAUCUAUGGACCGAGCUGUAAGCAGUUGCUGGCGCUACUCUCCCGAGUCAUAUUGAUUAUUUCUAUUGUGAUUUCAGGCGGAUAUUACACAGUUCUUAUUAAAUUUGGCCUACGCCUUGUCAGCCUGAAUACUGUCUACUACUACACAAAUAACAGACUUACUCAAAAUUUGGAAGAUCCCGCGGGUCAGUUUGUGUGGCUAGAUGCCGUGCUGACAAAUGCUUCAGUGGCCAAAGAAAAGGUACCGUUUAUUAAACCACUACUGAUAUAUCAAUUUACAGGCCUUUACUGAGUAACGAAGCUGUAUGGAUUCUUUCUAGUGUUUCGGGUCCUGGAGCGGGCAGGGAAAUGGGGAAAUGGCCAGCAGAAGUCUUUUAUAUCACAUUGGAAAGUAUAUUCGCUCGCCUUGUGCGAAAAUCCUAUUGGAAAAUUUGGCAAGAGUAUUUGGUCUGGGAACUAAUAUCAAACUUUCCAUUGAGUUUUUCACCACAAUAUCAAACAGUUCAAAAUUUAUCAUUACAUAAUCAACAGAGUAGCGUCGAGCCUUCCUAAGUUAGUUUUGAUCAGUGAGCCUGCUGUUGCUUCCCAGGUUUUCAUUAUAGGUCAUGUUCCACCUGGAGUCUUCGAGAGAGCACCCGGGAAAAAAUGGUUUUACCCGCAGUUCAACAAGAAAUACAUCGAUGUCAUUCUAAAACACGCCGACGUUAUCACCGGUCAUUUCCUAGCUCAUCAACACUGUGACAGCUUCAAAGUUUUCUACGAAAAAGGUAUCAGUGAAUCUUCUUUUGUAAGACGUAAACACUUCCAAAGGCGUUUUUGGAUAACGGCAGUCAAGUAGUAGCCUAAAAUUUCCAUAGGAUAGAAGCUUACAACAACAUGAACAACUACGAAAGGGAUUAUUAUUCUUAAAAGCUCGGCAACAAGUAGUCCAAUACAAUAGUGGACAAACCCUCGGCCUAACAGCUCUCCCUUAUCCACCCUACGAUACAAUAUUGGAAUACAGGAAAAAUUGUGGAUACAUGUGUUCAACGUAGUGUGUGGGGUGAGGGAAAAAGCUGCGCAUGUACAGUUUAGAAACGCCGCAAAUACAAAUUUGUGCCAAGAUUUUUGUCCAUGAUUUUAUGAAACAAGGUUUAGUUUGACAUGAAAGCUGCGGCGUUUCUGCACCAGUUCCUUUAUCAGGAUAUUUAUUAUUCAACUGUUUUCUUCGAGAACAGAAAGACUGAAAAACAAUCAUUCAAAGAGAAAAAUAAAUUUGUCCGGUUAAAAUCAUAAAAGUGAAUACAUCUUUUACGUUUUUCCAUCGCUUUCUCGAGAUUGACCAUGCUGCUGUGUAAAUUGUGUCUGUUCCGAGAUUGCGACAGAUUUGAAUCACGGAGAUGGACGAAACUGCUUAAAUUUCCCUGGCUCAAAACUGUUUCCUUUGUGUGCGAGAUUUUAAUCAUGAUCUUAGGUCUGGAUCUGCUUUUUAGGCAAAUAUUAACUAGAACAAAACUGAGCCUAAAUCAACACAGAUCAGUUCCUUGGCAGCCAUUAUACUUGGAACUGGGCGCGUUCUAUUGCCAGUGACCGUUUCUAAAAUAACAGAGAGUAUAGCAUUAACUGUAAAAAACCUUGUUUGGGUGUUUGUUGCAUCGUCAUAAUUUCUCCCUUCGUCUUCAUAUCGCUACACGCAAUGAAUGUUAGGUUUUUAUUCAAAAUGCAAAUAAAAUUUGAACCCCCUUUUAAUUUUUGUUCAUCAAACCAUUGCCUUUCUCAUUUAAAAUUUCUCUACAUGGUUUCACAUCAGUUUAGUUCUUUAGAAGUAAUUUUUCUCCAAUUUGCUUUAAAGUAAGUUGUCGGUUAAAUUCAUGUCAAUAGCUAAAUUGAAAACCGUUAAUUCACUCUAACAAACGAUAGUUAUAAACUCCAUUGUAACGACAACGAUCAAACGUUUGCUAAAGCAAAUUGUUUAUUUUUUUCAGGAAUUAAAUCCGGAGUUAUUAAGGUAUAGGUGUGUGUAGGAAACCGUUUUGGUCCCUUGGAUGUUCCAUCCAUCAAUACUAGGUAAAAUAUACAUGUUGAUGUAUGAAGUCCUUUCACGUUAGUAAAACCGUGAAUUCGAAAACCAUGUCAGUAGAUUACACUGACGUUUGACAGAAUUCGUACGGAAGCGGCAAAGUAGACUGGUAAUUGGAGUCCUGACAGUGCUAUUGUUGUCUGCAUUGUGUUAGUAACAGGUGGAAAUCUGACCCUCCAAUCAAAUCGUCUUUUGAGUAAAACAUCGAAGAAGAACCAAAGAGAAUGUAGUUUGCAAGGCAAUACAUAAUUUCUUAAAGAUUUAUCUCAAAUAUUUAAAAUACUUUUUACCCAUUCGUAAUGAACCAAACAUUUGUUGGUUUGUGAAGUGUGGAAAAGUGUUGAAAGCCAACUUUUGCCACAAAAGGAACUGAUCAUCACCAGCUUUCAUUUCAAUGUACGCCAUCAGGUAGCCUGCUAUUUUACAUAUCCGUCAGUGAUAACGCUGAGACAUUAACCUGGAAUAUCACCAUUUUUUUACGAAGAAGAGCUUCGACUGAAUAAUCUGGGAAUAAAGAGCUUAGCAAAUAUCCUGACACUACAAAUUAAAACUGUAUCACUAGUAAUCUGAAGUGAUUAAGAUGAUGUUGAAGGUUCAUGAAAAAUAUUGGUUCGAAGAAAGUAAAAUCGCUAAAAGUUUGGGUUCUUUAAGAUCCUGACAAGUACGGAGCACAAUCUUCAUUACAAACAAGUAUUCUGAAUGGUAACUGUAGGUUAUCACUCGUCCUUGAUUUUCAAAAUCAUCAUCUGAGGAAUAUUUGAUUACUGCAAAAAAGACAAAUCACUUUUAAAGAAAGCCUGUAAAUCAAUCACUAGAGCCUGACUUCUUGUUCAACACCCUUUAUGCUUCAACAUGAUUUCCAGCUUGUACAACACGGUUAGAAAGCAUUAGAUAUGCCGGAACAAAAGAACCUGAAACAAAUCAGAAAAUACUUGCAUCUCAAAUGCACUAAUGGUGAUUACAUGGUCCUGUAUUUUAAUUUAAAAUAGUCGAAAAGGAUUAUGUUUGCAACUCAUGGGGAGGCAAAGUGUGCAGGUGUAUGAGAUAAUGUGUGCAAAUGGAUCAGGUCAGUCAAAAUUUUGAUAAACGCAGGAGCUGCAGCCCACGAGUCUUUGCCAAUCACCUAACUGCUCUUCACUAUCAGACGUCUUACCCUACUAAUGACACAUUUACCUCUUCUCAUCCGUUUCCUGGAUGGGAAGCAUUGAAUUGUGGAACAAAAAGUGAUCCGACUCAAUGCUCUUUUUUAGGAGAGCACAAAGAAGCUGUUAAUUACAUUAUUUUAGGGAAGUUAUUCCACAACAGUCGCCCAUUUCCCCAACAAUAUGGCGGCAAAAGACCUUUGACGUUUUCGGAAGUAAAGUGUGACGACGAGGAGAAAGAUAAGCUUCAAAUUAAGUUUAAAGUUCUGUAUGUAUUGUUCUGACUGAUAAGACCUUCACUCAGCGCCUAAUAUAGUCAAACAGUUUUGCAAGAUCACACCAAACAUUUUCGCUGUCAUUUCAUCAUGAACAAUAUCGACCCUGGCGACGCCAGCGUAGAUGUUCUGGCUGUGUUACAAGAGCAGCUUGAAGCCAGAAGCAAAGUGACGGUUGCGAUCGAAAGUACAGUCAUAAUAGCCAUCGAUAUUGCCGCUCUUCUGGGAAAUUCACUUCUUUGCUUAAUCGUCUCUCGCAACUCCAGACUUCACAAUUCCACAACCAUGCUGAUCGUCGCGCUUGCCAUCACAGACCUAUUAACAGCAACAACAGUAAUGCCGUUAACAAUCGACGCCGUCAUUAACAGCAAGAGGCGCUUCAGUGACGCCAUCUGCAAAGCGCACGCUUUUGCAAUGACCGUACUUGCCCAAGUGUCCAUCUAUCUGAUGGCCUUAACAGCCUUCAAUAGGUAUGUGUGCAUCAAAAGGCGAAACCUUUACAGGCAGAUUUUCACCAAAAAGCGCACUUUGCUCAUCAUCGUCACCGUAGGCGUUAUCGCCCUGCUGAUCAAUGUUCUUCCCAACGCCCUGUCUUUGGAUGACUUCUUCUUUUGCCCAGGGUACCUGCUAUGUUGGAGGCGAAUGAUGAAACCCGCAGCUAUCUAUACUUUCAACGCCUGGCUCUAUGGCUCCUUUAUCAUCUCGUACGUGGUGAUCGUUGUCUGCUACUGGAAAGUGUUCCGAGCAGUGGAGGAGCACAAUGCUGCCGUUGCACCAAAUCUGAAUCAAGGCAACCGUAACAGUCAGGAGGGGAGCCGCACUGAAGAGGUGUCCGUGGCCAGGGCAGUGGCAACCAUCGUGCUUUCAUUCACUUUGUGCUGGAUCCCAGCAGAAGUGAUGGACACCAUGGAUAAAAUCAACCCUCUUCUUCUUCCUAGACAGGUGGGUACCUUUACAUUUUUUGCCGAUUUCAACGAAAUUACUGCAGUUACGAAUCAACUCAGUCGCGCGGGCGUUAAGGAGUUCAACAGGGAACCUCAACUAAAUAAAAUGAAUAAAUAAAUGAUAUAUAAGGCUAGUUGCUAAUUUCAUUUCUCAUUCAUUUUUCAUUUCAGGUUUUCCUGGUUGCCACUUGUCUGUGGUAUAUGAGCAGUGCGAUCAACCCAAUCAUAUAUGGUGUCAUGAACAGUACCUUUAGAGCUGAGUACAAGAAGGUGUUUUCCAUCAUCACCAACUCUUCCUCUGUGAGAGUGUCGCCUCCUAACAGUGCACUGGGUCCAAAUGGUCAAGAGAUGAACAAUUACGAAAAUACCACUUAAAACAGAAUACAAUUAACAUUAACGUUAACGACGCUUUCUGUUCUGAGGGUUGCAGUUAACAUAUACUAAUUACAGACAACGAGAAAGCAUUUAGUAAUUGCCCGUGACUAAGAUACAAAUUUGAUCGCAACUGUAUAAAGGUUAUUAAAAGUCAAUAGGUCAAAAAGCUGUAAGGAAGUUUCCAGACCCGGCUUUUAACGUUUACUGUGAUCUUUUAAACUCGACAUGAAAUAGUGUUUUGGCCCUUUUAGCUAUCAGUUAUCGAAAUGGUAAGGGUAUCCUGCUGAUCUGAGUGUAACCUAAAAUUAACCAAAUGAAUGGAAAUUUCAUUGUCCCAAAUAGAAACUAACACUGUUUCCUCUCCUGGCGAGGUAGCUAUGUUUAUUUCUGGUUAUUCCGCUGCUGUAACGAGCAUUUUAAAAGAAAUGUCAAAUCUUGUGCAAACGUUUCACAAUUCCUGAUUUACCCUUUCUACAUAUUUUUUUGUAAAUACUCACUAUCCUUCGUCGUUCGCCUGAUUUAUCCCGCCAUCCUUUUCGAACGCCAUUGCUACGCAAGCUUAUGUAAGUACUUUGCAACAUGUACGCCAUAUUGUAAAACAAAACUCAUGUUUAUGGAAAACGACGUCCUAUACAAGUUUAGGGCAGAUAAAGACUUAUUAUAUAAAUACCAUGUGAUUUUUGUGUGUGACGAGUAGAAGGAAAACUUUUAAAGCGACACAAAUUGACGAUUGGCUUUUCGCAUACACAUGAUUCAAAAUGUAUUUGUUAACUAUUAGAGUACCGGUACUCCAAUAAUUAUGUAACAGUCCACCGGCAUUGUUAUUCGUUUUGUUUUAUUUAAUUUUUUUAUUGAUUGAAAAAUUAUGAUCAAACAUAGCCGGCUCAUUUUCAUCUAAAUUAACUGCAUGGAGUAUAUAACUAUAUAUUCUUAAUGAAAUGUGAUGUUUCUUAAACUUGUGUCAGUAAAAUAAAAACCAAUGAAACAGUCACAAAUGAUGUUUUUUUUAAUCGCUUGUCUGUUAUCUUUGAUCAUUUUUUCCAAGUUUUCGGCGGGACAGAAAGUAGAAGCAAAUUACUCGAGGGUGAGGGGAGUUAGAAUUACAAAUGGCAGGACAAAGGCGGAACAACUGCAGAGUGCAUGAAAAAGGACUUUUGGCGGCAGGGCAAACAGCGAAAAUAACAAAAGUCAUUAAAUUUAAAAACUGUUAUGCCCAAAAAGGCAUUCAAGAAACUAAAAAUGAGGAACGCGGGCUCAGCUGUCAGUUUUCCCAAAAGACAUUGAAAACGAUGCUUAUGCAAAGAUUUUGUGUGCAAACAAGGUGUAUUAUGGUCCCUUUGAUUUAAAUCAGCUAUGUUCAUAUUUAGCUGCUUUGUUUAGUUUUCAGGCUCUAACUAAUCCAUACUUACAUGCCCAUUAUUAUCAAAUAACACAUCUGGCACACUCAGGCGAGAUUUUUACUGUGAGAUGGAGACUGAGGCCAAGAAUUGAAACUCCUUCAGCAAGUGGUCAGAACAACACGAGAACCGCCCCGCCACCCUCUUAAAUAGUUUUGGGUCCACCCCAAAAAUUUCAGCUAACGUUGUCGUUUAUAAGGGCCUCGAACCAAUGCGACAGGUCCCCAAGAUCAUAGCUUCAAGUCCUUAACUAUCAGCGCCAUAGAACGGAAUGAAACGCCAUUAACGUUUAUCUCCGUGAUUUUAUAACAGAAGAGUUGCUUCACAGCUGAGUUUGGUAACUGUUUAUCUUGUGUUAGGGUUAGGGUUAUGCAUGCAUUUAAAUUGAUGUGAUGUGUUUUUAUACAUAGUUUUCCUUGAAUUGUUCUUCAGGCGUUCCACGUAGUUCUAUAUUCUUGUGUCCAGCGGUAACUCCUUGGAAGACAGUGCUCCCGACCGUAGGCUACAACAAUCCUGGCAUUCGUCUCUACAGAUAUGAAAGAAAUACUUCACAAGUUCAGGUAAAACACAGGGGUCUUUCUUACUAGUAUGACUUAAGUUUUAUCCUUUUUUUCUCAGCGCUUCAUUUGAUGUUUCUGUAGAAAUACAAUAUACAAAUAUGCAGAGCACGUGGGAUUUUGCCAGUGUAUACGAAAAACACUUUAAUCCUUUCGUCCUGGGCAGGCUUAUGACUGGAAAAAAAAGUAGAAAAAAUUAAACCCUGAGUUAAAAAUAACUCUUUGAGAUGCGUUUAUUUUCACGUGGACUUAAACAAUUGAGGGUUCCGCCCAAGAGUUAAAUGCUUCAUUAAAAUUACAAAGUGAGGAGCUGCGGGUUAUAGAGGAAAACAGACUCAUUAAUUAUUUCAUGGUUUUUGUUGAACAGGAUAUUUGGCAAUACUUCACAAACCUGACGCAAGCCAACCUGAUGAACAAACCUGAAUGGCUGAUUGAAUACAAAGCGACUGAGGCGUUCAACAUUCCCGAUGUGAGCCCGCAGUCUCUUCACUCUUUGGUACAAAAGUUUGAGUCCCAGGAUAGCGCUUACUUUCAAAAAUACUUUCUGUACAACUCUGUUAGUGCUGGGGCAGAAAUCUGUGACGAAAAGUGCAAAACUGCACAAAUUUGUGGCAUCACCAAAGUUGAUUUUAGAGAGUAUGAUGAUUGCCUUAAAUCUACUGAUGCUCCUCACAGGCAGAGCAGUAUUGUUAUUGUAUUUGGAGUGUUUCUCAUCAUGUCUUUGUUACUAGAAUAAAGUAAUUGGCUAAUGAUUGCUGUGAUUUGUAAACGGAGGUGAUUUGAAGAUAAAACUAUCGAAAAGUCUCACUUUUACCUUCACUACUCAACCGGACAAACAUAAACGAGUGAUAUUAUCCGGGGGCAUUGGCCAGCUGAGCCAUCGUGCCGUUUAUUAUCAUUAAACAUGUAUACAAAUCCCUACUGCAAUUUAGGAAAAAGUAAAUGCGCCAAAGCUAAACACGAAUACCCCUAAAAACCAGCAGGUAAAUAAAGGGAUUUUGUACCCACAACCAAGGCAAUGGCUCCACCCUUAGUGUUUUAGGAUAUCUUAUUUCAAAGUACCCAACACCAUAAUCUCUUUAUUAUGCUAACACAAGUGAAUAAGAGGCUACUACACAAAACGAACGAAUGUACAUAUGUACAUAGUAAAUCGACUUGCUGUCAGUUACUCGCUCGAGAAGGUUUGAAAACAGGUUUAGGUGGGUUAGCUCCAUAAACCAGGCUAGUCUGGCCAAUUAAAGUUGACUAGUUAGACUUGUGUGGUUACCUGCAUUUUUAGCCAGAAACAAAGCCUGAGCAACAGAGCCACAUAAGCUGCUGUUAAUUUUAUUGAUGCAUAAACUAUUCACUAUUUAUUUAGUAAUUACAUUUCACUAUCUGUUUAUAUCUAUCUAGACAUUAUUACAUAUUGCAUAGCAACC